ACAAGCAGACAGGACGUCGCCAACAUCAUGUCUCGCGCGGGAAAGGUCGCCGCCCCGUUCGUCCGUCAGCCUGGUCCGCGGAAGAAGCUGACGCACUUCCUGUCCUUGCGUCUGCUGCUGCCGGCCGGGAUCCCGUAUUCCCCGCCGGCGGCAGACUCAUGGUCCCCGGUCAGCCUGGCCAGUGUGGCGUCGACGCUGACUCCGGGCAGUCGCGAAGCUGACACCGCUCUGCUGGUGGCCCACGCCCAACAACGGGCCGUGCUGCGGAUGGCCGGCACCCAGGACCCCGAGGCCCCGGCGCACGCGUCACGCCUGGCGGAUGCCCUGCGCGGCUUGCUAGUCCCACCGGCCACCUUGCAUCUGACCCUUGGCUUGAUGGAUCUCGCCGCGCCGGAACGCCUGAGCCUGGCCCAGCAGACACUGCGCGAUUUGGCGCCUCGCAUGCGCCACAUUGUCCAGGCUUCCGAGCUGCCGGUCCAACUUGGUGCGAUCGAUGUUUUCAGUCGCCCCGGCGACACACCGAUUCCCAGCCAGGCCUCCGUGGUUUUCUCCAGCGUCCCGCGCCCAACCAACGAGCCGCUAUUCACCCUUACUGAGUUGCUGGUUGAUACCUUCGUGCAGGCGGGUCUAAUGGAUGCCUCCUUUCGCAAGUUCCAUCUCCAUGCCACACUGAUGAAGCGGCGGUUUGAUGCCGCGCCCGACCCGAUUGAUGCAUCUAAGGUGGUUGGGCGGUUUGUUUUCGGCACCGAGCCCGGACCGACUCCGGGGAAUAUGACCGAUGUGGUGCUCUCGGCACCGGGAGUCCAACUGUGCCAGCUCAGCGGCAAUGCCGGCUCGCGCUUCAACACGCGCGGCAACUUCUACGUCAGCGAUUGCGAUGUUGAUUUCGCCGUCCGCGAGGGCGAGCCUGUGCAGGACGUCUAGUGGCUGGCUGUGCGCCGGGGAGCGCGGGGCUGGACACACCUCGCCACCCCUGCGAACAGCAGGCAGGAGUCCCAAUAAAAGUGACACUGAGGCA